UCCCGUAGGAAAACUAACUCGCUAAAAAAAAACGCUAACCAGAAAAAAAUUAUUCAAAGUAAGUAAUGAUCUAGUCAAUGAUCAAAAGAUAAAAUCGAAAUUUUCAUUAUUCAAAAUGAAUACUUUGUACUAGUUUUAUUACAGAUUAUGUAAUUCACGUAAAUAAUCUAAUAACUAUUUAUUGUUAUAAAAACAAAACAAAAACAAACAACGUCAACAACAACAACAAAGAUUGAUCAUAAUUUUUUUUCAAAUGAGACUACUUAUAUAGAUAAAUAAGUAAACAACCUAUACAGACACACACACACACGCACACACGCACACAAUUAAGGACAAAUUUAUCAUGUUUGUUUUGUAUUCUCAUUCAAUAUAAACAUGAUUUUAUAUUCACAUAAAAGAAGUGAAUAUGGUAAAAUGUUUACAAUGACUAUAACCGUUUAUUUAUUGUAAAGAGAAAAAAAAAGGUCAUUCAGAGAUUAAAUAGGAUAUACAGUUUAUUCCAAAUAAAAUAAUAAAAAAAAACAUGUCAGCUUAUCCUUUUUUUCUCUCUCUUUUUUUUCUUGUUUUUUUUGUGUAAUUUUAAUGUACUUCUUUUCAAUUUUCAUUUGUAUUACUGAUGAUAAUGAUGAUGCUUUGGAUGAUGACGAUGAUGAUAAUGAUGCUUUGGAUGAUGAUGAUGCUUUGGAUGAUGAUGAUGCUUUGGAUGAUGAUGAUGCUUUGGAUGAUGAUGAUGCUUUGGAUGAUGAUGAUGAUGCUUUGAAUGACGAUGAUGAUGAUGGUUUGGAUGAUGAUGAUGAUGCUUUGGAUGAUGAUGAUGCUUUGGAUGAUGACGAUGAUGAUAAUGAUGCUUUGGAUGAUGAUGAUGCUUUGGAUGAUGAUGAUGCUUUGGAUGAUGAUGAUGAUGCUUUGAAUGACGAUGAUGAUGAUGGUUUGGAUGAUGAUGAUGAUGCUUUGGAUGAUGAUGAUGCUUUGGAUGAUCAUGAUGGUUUGGAUGAAGACGAUGUUGAGGAUGAUGCUUUGGAUGUUUAUGAUGAUGCUUUGGAUGAAGACGAUGAUGACAAUGAUGCUUUGGAUGCUUAUGAUGAUGAUGCUUUGGAUGCUUAUGAUGAUGAUGCUUUGGAUGCUUAUGAUGAUGCUUUGGAUGAAGACGAUGAUGAGGAUGAUGAUGAGGAUGCUUUGGAUGAUGAUGAUGAUGCUUUGGAUGCUUAUGAUGAUGAUGCUUUGGAUGCUUAUGAUGAUGCUUUGGAUGAAGACGAUGAUGAGGAUGAUGAUGAGGAUGCUUUGGAUGAUGAUGAUGAUGCUUUGGAUGCUUAUGAUGAUGCUUUGGAUGCUUAUGAUGAUGCUUUGGAUGAAGACGAUGAUGAGGAUGAUGAUGAGGAUGCUUUGGAUGAUGAUGAUGAUGCUUUGGAUGCUUAUGAUGAUGAUGCUUUGGAUGCUUAUGAUGAUGCUUUGGAUGCUUAUGAUGAUGCUUUGGAUGAUGAUGAGGAUGCUUUGGAUGAUGAUGAUGAUGCUUUGGAUGCUUAUGAUGAUGCUUUGGAUGCUUAUGAUGAUGCUUUGGAUGCUUAUGAUGAUGCUUUGGAUGAUGAUGAUGAUGCUUUGGAUGAUGAUGAUGAUGCUUUGGAUGCUUAUGAUGAUGCUUUGGAUGAAGACGAUGAUGAGGAUGAUGAGGAUGAUGAGGAUGAUGAUGCUUUGGAUGAUGAUGAUGAUGAUGCUUUGGAUGACGAUGAUGAUGAUGGUUUGGAUGAUGAUGCUUUGGAUGUUUAUGAUGAUGCUUUGGAUGAAGACGAUGAUGAGGAUGAUGAGGAUGAUGAUGCUUUGGAUGAUGAUGAUGACGAUUAUAAUAAUAAUAAUAAUAAUAAUAAUAAUAAUAAUAAUAAUAAUAAUAAUAGUAAUAAUAAUAAUAAUAAUCAAUUAUUAAUUGUCAUUCAAUAA